CUCGGCGCCUACCGCACAUGCUCACUGGCCUCGGCGGAGCGGCUGGCGCUGAGCGCUGGGCACCGGCGACUGAAGCUUGAUCUUCAAGAUGAAGUUCUUACUAGCAGUUUUCUUCUUCAUCUCGUUCUCCUUAUGGGUUGAAGAAGUGUGUUCCAAAGAGAAGUCUUCAAAGAAAGGAAAGGGGAAAAAGAAGCAAUAUCUAUGUCCAUCACAGCAAUCAGCUGAAGACCUUGCAAGAGUACCAGUUAAUUCUACCAGCAAUAUCUUGAAUAGGCUAUUGCUCAGUUAUGAUCCCAGGAUAAGGCCUAAUUUCAAAGGAAUUCCAGUUGAUGUUGCAGUCAACAUCUUCAUUAACAGCUUUGGAUCUAUUCAAGAGACAACUAUGGAUUAUAGGGUCAACAUCUUCCUAAGACAGAAGUGGAAUGACCCCAGACUCAAACUGCCCAAUGAUUGGAGAGGUUCAGAUACACUGACAGUGGAUCCAACAAUGUUUAAAUGUCUUUGGAAGCCGGACUUAUUCUUCGCAAAUGAAAAAAAUGCUAACUUCCAUGAUGUCACACAAGAAAAUAUCCUUCUUUUUAUAUUUCGGGAUGGAGAUGUCCUGGUCAGCAUGAGAUUGUCUAUUACUCUGUCAUGCCCUUUGGACUUGACCUUGUUUCCUAUGGAUACACAGCGCUGCAAGAUGCAAUUGGAAAGCUUUGGUUACACAACAGAUGACUUACGGUUUAUCUGGCAGUCUGGAGAUCCUGUACAGCUAGAGAAAAUUGCUUUGCCUCAGUUUGAUAUUAAAAAGGAGGAUAUCGAAUAUGGUAACUGUACCAAGUAUUACAAAGGCACAGGUUAUUACACUUGUGUAGAAGUAAUCUUCACUUUAAGAAGACAAGUUGGAUUUUACAUGAUGGGUGUUUAUGCUCCUACAUUGCUAAUUGUUGUUCUAUCCUGGCUGUCAUUUUGGAUCAAUCCUGAUGCAAGUGCUGCAAGAGUCCCACUGGGUAUUUUCUCAGUGCUCAGCUUGGCAUCUGAAUGUACCACUCUUGCCGCUGAACUACCCAAAGUGUCUUACGUGAAGGCCUUAGAUGUCUGGCUGAUUGUUUGCCUUCUCUUUGGGUUUGCAUCCCUGGUGGAAUAUGCGGUGGUUCAGGUAAUGCUAAACAAUCCAAAGAGAAUUGAAGCUGAAAAAGCAAAGAUUGCCAAGGCAGAGCAAGCAGAAGGGAAGGGUGGAAACGCUGCCAAGAAGAACACUGUGAAUGGCACAGGGACUCCUGUCCACAUCAGCACUUUACAGGUUGGUGAGACCAGAUGCAAAAAAGUUUGCACUUCGAAAUCUGAUCUGAGAUCCAAUGAUUUCAGCAUCGUUGGAAGCUUGCCAAGGGAUUUUGAAUUAUCGAAUUAUGACUGUUAUGGGAAGCCCAUUGAAGUCAACAAUGGGCUUGGGAAAUCUCAAGCCAAGAAUAACAAGAAGCCUCCUCCUCCCAAGCCUGUCAUUCCAUCAGCCGCAAAGAGAAUUGAUCUUUAUGCAAGAGCACUGUUCCCUUUUUGCUUCUUGUUCUUCAAUGUCAUAUACUGGUCCAUAUAUUUAUGAUAAAUCUUUUAUUUAUUUUUUUCAUAUGUGUAAAAUAUAUCCCAUUUCAUUACCCCUUCCCAGUCAUGAAGGCCACUGUGUGAAAUUAUUUGCAUUUGCAAAGCAAUAUGUUGCAUUUUGAUGCCAUGCGAUUGUACUGAACAUAUGGCAUCUGGAUUUUGAAUGAAAGCAUGACACUGCAAUGUCUGUGCUCCAACCAAGGUUGUAUAUAAAUGUACAGCAUACAUCCUGCUUUAGGAAUAUAUAUGAAGGACAAUGCAUACUACAUUAUAAAGCUGAAUAAUGCUCUUCAGUUAUUAGUAACAUACAGAGAUUUAAAGUGUUCCUGACAAUGAAACUGAUGUGCACGUUGAGUAUUAUUAAAAUCAGUAUUCGAGUAUACGUAGUAUUUAACAGCUUUUCUGCUGACUUCCAGAGGAAAAAAAAACCCAAAACAUCUUGUUCUUGUAUAAUUUUAGAUGGCACUGUUGAAGAAAAAGCUAAGUUGUAAUUUAUAUUAUUUAGACUUUGUAAGUGAAGGCAGCAUUGAUUGAAUAAGCUGAUCUUGUCUAUGUGGAAAAAUAAAGAUCAGAGAAUUACUAAUUUUGUAAAAUCAGGUCAUUUAGAAAAAAAAAGACUAAUAACCAUAUCCAUCAAGCAAGCCCACUUAAGUGUUAAGCUAAACUAGAUACAAUAUGUCAAAAACAAACAGGCCACUUUCUAGACUAAAGGUAUCAGGAGUUUUGGAGAAACAUCACAAGAUGCAGGUCAGUAUCAGGAUAUAUUAUACUUUUUUACAUUACUUUGUCCUCUGGCUCUUCUGCUGUGGCGUCUGGCAAGACUGCAGUAUAUCAUAGUUUUUUUGUUGUUGCACCAGAUACAUCUUACUCAAUUUGUAUUUUUUUUAUCCCCUUGAAAGCUUUCAGUUUAAACAAACCAGUUGUUGUCAAGAUGCAAUCCCAUUUUUACCACUAGUUAUACUUCUUUUGUUUGCCUGUUGUAGCACAGAUGACCAAAGCUAACACUUAGCCACCUGUAGAAGUGAAGAAGUACUAAAGGUCUAAGGGGCUGAGACUCUUAAAUAUAUCAUGACUCUUUGUGCCUAUGUGUUAAUUAAUGGCUGCCAUCAACAGCUCAUUGAUUUGGCUGCUACUUUUUGAAGAAUAAGGUCCGAUGCGUGAAUCUGCUCCGAUAGGAAACUGCUCUCUAUUUGCCAGAGGAACCCCCGUGACAUGGAGAUGACAGAAACAUGAUGUGCGUAGGGCAGGACAUGUGGUCUCCAGUGGGUGCCAGGGUACACCCCCUCGUAAGGGCAAGUCACGAGGAGAAACACAGCCAAAAGAAAGCUGCUUGUGUGUAGGCACCUGAGUAGCUUGUGUUCCCCGGGAACGCACAGGGACUGUGCCUCAGCCCUUGUGAGUGUGCCAUAGGGAAACAUGUCUCCUCUUGUAAAACUGGGGCAUCACAGUUAGUUAAAAUAUUAAAAUAAGACAGUUCUCACUAACUUGGCAAUUCAUAAAAUGUACUACAGAUGAUUGACCCCUCACAGGCAAGGAAGGGACUGAAUUAAAGACCUGAAACCUUCCAUAGUGAGGGAACAGGCCCAAUCACACUUGUGCUACAUUUCUAGCUCAUCCAGGAUGUGCUGAGCCAAUCUGGGCAACGAGUGGACUCUUGGAUCACUUGGGUAUUGCCCACCACGCUGUCCACAUAUGGCAAGCCUGCACAACCAGAAGGUCAAAAGUGGGAAUAUAAAAAGGGCAAAGCAUGCCAUGCUGGCUUCACUGGGCAUCUGGCAGAUCUGCACGUGCCCAGGGGUUUUUUCUAACCCCUGCCACUUUGUGAUCAACGCCCUGGUUGCAAGGAUUCAUGUCUGGGUUGAAGAGAUCUGCUCUUCAGAAUACCAUCGCGUGCUUUCUGCCAGCUUCCUGACUGCUUCCCGGUGGAGAUUUCAAGGAUCCACUUUACCAGGCAGCCACAGUUUGUCCUUUGGAUUUCUUUCCAAUCUGAGGAAAUGGAAGGGAAAUCCCAGAUGUUACUGAACUGUGUCGAACCAGAGGAAAAACAAAUUAUAUCUUUAAGGUCCAGUUCAAAGUUUCAGUGUUUGUGUCUGUUGAAGGUAUUUACAGAAUUGUCAGAGACUCUGAGAAGCAAUAAGGAUAAUUCAAAGAGAGGAAGGAAGGGAGGGGUAAUUUUUCUACAAUCAGAGUGCUGUAUUUAUAGACAUUAUUUAUUCUCAUACUUGUAUAUUUUCUUAAAGUACUGGAAGGCAAGCAAAUAAUUACCCUGUGUUGGAAAUUAUAUGAAUUUUGGAAGAUAAAUGUCUUCUUAGAACUCUUAUUAAAUGAUUUAUCUGUAAUUAAUGUCCACAUUCUAUCUGUAUAAUCUCACUUAUAGAUUUUAUUGUUAAAUUAAUCUUUGUUCCUUCUUGUUUUCCUGCUUACUUGACAGCUUUUGUGUUUUAUCAUAAAACAUUUAAUCAAUAAUACACUGUAAUUGCUUUCCAACUCACACAAAAGGAAGCAAAAGGAAUGUGUAUUGUUAAGAUAAAGGUUUUUCAUUCAUUACAGAACAAAAACUAAGGACAGAAGCAAAGUUUAACAGCAAAUUUGAAACAAAAUUUAAAAUAAAACAGUAUCAGCUCUCAGGUAUUCAUUUUCUUUUUACUUACACUAGAUUAUAUUGCAGUA